CAUUUUCAUCAGUCCCGGACGCAUCGUUGCGAGAUACGGUUGAAAUUUUCGCACGUUUUGCUGUGUAUUGGAUGUGGAUUGAGCUGGAAAAACCAUUCGUUUGAGGGAAAACAGCAUCCCGUUUUCGGAUGAAAAUUUGGUUGCUUGUGGCUGUUUUUGGUUGAAAUUUGAGCGGGUUUUCCGAGAAUUCUUAGUGAUCGAUCGUUUGUGAUUCAGAAAGAGAGGUUUCGAAAGAGUUUUCGGAAAUUUCAGUGCAGUUUUUUUUUUUUUGAUAAUAUAAUAAAUAGCCAGACGAAACUGCAUCCUCCAAAAGUGAAGAUAGGAGCAGAGGCAAAAGUCCUUGUGGAUUCACUCAUGUGAGUGUUUGUGUGUGUGUUAAAAUUGCCAACAUCGUUAGCAAGUUCAUGUGUCAGUGUGCGUGUUUUUCAGCGAAAACAAGGAAAAUUUAACACGGGAAAAUCUCAUCACUACCGAGAAGUAAAUCCCUCGAAAUUAGUGUUUCAAUCACUAGCGCUGUGUUUCUGUGUGAAUAAAAUUUGCGGCGUUUUCUGUUUGUCGUCGUGUUGAUGUGCUGCUGAAAUAUAUGUGUUUUGAUUAGACGCACGCCGCAUCUGAAGGAUUUGGGGUGAUUAGUACCAAGUAGUAAAUCCGAAAAUAAGCAAACCAAGUUGAGUGGGACGGUGCUAAUUUUAAGUGCAAAAGAAGGUGUGUUGCGAGAAAAGAAGUGGAAAGCGGCGGAUUUCGUAAAUAGAAAACCGAUACCUACUGUCGAAAUAUUUGUGACUUCAAGGAUAAAAUAGCAAUUAAAGGUGGAUUAAAAUUCCCGGCUGUCAGGCGUUGAAAGGAGGACAUUGAUACAGACAACAUCAAUUACUGGAAAUAAUCUGUUUGAGCAGCUCACACUAAUAGCGUUUUAAACUGAUGCGCACGAUGAUGGCCAUGCUUUCCGGUCAGCAGCAGCAGCAAUAGCGAGCAGAAGACCCUGAACCGUGCCACGAGCUCCAAGAGAGCUCAAGAGCAGAAGAGCGAGUGGAAAACCGUCAACACAACAACCUCAACAAACUCGAACAACCGGGGAGCACGUGUCCGUCUGACAACCGCGCUCCUUCCUUCGCUGGAAGUGGACCCCAUCGCCAAUUGCAAACAGCAAUCAGUUCCGCGUAUGCUCCAAAAACCGAUUCGACGAAAACAAAGUGCACCCAGGUCGGGGAGAAUUGAACCGAUUCGCUCGUUCUUCUCACAUCGACUGUGAGCUUUUCCUUGUUGAGCUGAGCACUGAGCGAGCACAUCGUCGCUGCGUUGAUUGGAGUUGGAUUUCCUGUCGUUUGCUUGCUGCUUCAACGUCUCGCGUAGUCUAUGCGGUUGAUUAGUUCUUCGGCAGCCAAGAAACGGUACGGUACGCGAAAAGUCUAGCGUUUAGUAGUGAAACAAAACGGUUGAGCGUAGAACUUCAAACUUUUUCAGCAAAUCAGACACAAACAAACUCGAUUGCUCGAUUACUAACUUGGUUUGGAUAGCGAGCGCGCAGAGUUCAGGAAGAACGAGGAAAUUCUGUACCCUCGAAACCCUCGAAACCUAGUGUUUGACAAAUCGUCGUCGCGGUGAGGAGUUCUCGUCUGACAGAGGAUUCAUUCCCGAUCGAUUAGAAGGUUUUCUGCUGUUCCGUUUGUUUCGGAAGGGAUUUUUUGUGUCCCUCUUACUAAAUAGAAAAAGUGAUUUGUGAGCUGGGUGACACCAUUUCUGGGUCGAGUAAAUGAGAAUUCUGUCCACUGAUUAGUGUCCGGGGAAAAGUGUUUCUUGUUUUUGUGAGCAUCAAGUUUGAUUUCCGGAGGCUUAUUUCCGUUUCCAACCGAGUCCGGUUUGUGUGUUCUUUUUUGUAUGGUGUUCUUAACCCUUCAACAAAAAAAAAGAGAACCGAGAAGCGGUGGAAUAAUUGCGAAAAUUUGGCAAUCGAUUGAUCGAUCCGGGAGGAAAAAGUGAGCAGCAACAGCAAUAGGAAGGCAGUGAAGUAAGUGCCUGCAGCCGAGCAGCUAAUGUGGAAAAUUUCUAAUCAAAACACACUCAGCCAAAGCGAGCAAAAAAGAGUGGCCAGAAAACGGUUCAGCACAAUACGAGAAUUGUGAAUUCUGUGCUCUGGCUGUUGUGUUGGAAAAUUAGAAGAGUGUUGUGUAGAAACGUCCGUACGCUGUGCGCUUAGCUUUGAUAAGAAUUUACCAGCCGCGGCGUAAUGCUAUCUCGUUGCUAGCUUUCGACAAUUUGCCACACGACGAGUGUGGGUGUAGUUACGCUAGAUUACACAAGUCCAAAAAAAAGUGCAGCUCCCUUCGACAAAUAAUAAGGUUACAUGCUAAGAGAGAAAAUCAGCAUCUAAAAAGUGCUCAAUUUUCUGGCGUAAUCACGUUGAUUCAGAAACACAAUUGAAUGCAAAAAAAUCCCACGUGUCGUGAGUUCUUCUCAAGUUCGGCUGCUGCGUUGUGGAAUCUGUGGGCUUUCCUCAACCUCAAAGAUUUCUGUGUUCAUCGCGUAAUAACCAUAUCCACCGGUGUUUAGAAGAAAAAAAACGGUGUGACCCCGAAAAAAAAAAGAAUAAAGUUGCGUAGAUCAUCACCUGUAGGUGCACCCAAACCCAGUAGAGUUGCACACCCACGUGGAACGUGUUAGCUAGAGUCUUUAGAACGAAAAAACGGUGCAAAUACAAUCUACAGUAUGUUGGAUCGUGGACCAGUACAUUUAGAGAGUGAAAAAGGGCGCCGGGAGCGAGAUACGGCCACAAACGGCAGCAGCACAGCACAUCUGUCCGGAUCUCGGCUGGAUUUGGUUGGUCUAUGUGGUGGCACCAGGAAUCCAUCUUCAAGGACCAGCCGCAGCAACGCCAACACAAUGGUGGACUCACACGGAAACGCUCUGCCCCCGCUGAGCCCCUCCUCCAACAACAAUAAUAAUAACAACAAUAACAAUUCCUCCUCCUCGGCGACGACGCCCGGAAGUGAGCUGGAACAAAAGACGAUUCCCCUGACGCCGAGCGAAGCCCUCAAAUACCACGGCACCCGGCUGACGGACUACGAAAAGCAGGAAAUCGAAAAGUACCCGGAAGUGUACUAUCUGGGUCUGGAUGCCUGCAAAAUCAACGCCAAACCGGGAACGUCGCUGAAUUCCGGCUACGAUGACGAUAACGGUAGCUACAACAAAGUCAUCCACGAUCACAUCUGCUACCGGUACGAAAUCCUGGAAGUUAUAGGAAAGGGCAGUUUCGGUCAGGUCAUUAGGGCCCUGGACCACAAAACCAAUCAACACGUGGCAAUCAAAAUCAUCCGCAACAAGAAGCGCUUCCACCAUCAGGCCCUCGUCGAGGUGCGGAUACUGGACGAGCUGAGGAAAAAGGAUGCCGAUGGAUCGUACAAUGUGAUUCACAUGCUAGAUUACUUCUACUUCCGGAAUCAUCUCUGCAUCAGUUUCGAGUUGAUGAGCCUCAACCUGUACGAGCUCAUCAAGAAGAACAACUACCAAGGUUUCAGCCUCAGCCUAAUCCGACGGUUUUGUAACUCGAUAGUCAAAUGUUUACGGUUGCUCUACCAGGAGAACAUCAUUCACUGUGAUCUAAAGCCGGAAAACGUCCUUCUCAAGCAACGUGGCAGCAGUUUGAUAAAGGUCAUCGAUUUCGGCAGCUCCUGCUAUUCGCACCGGAAGGUUUACACCUACAUCCAGUCACGGUUUUACCGGUCGCCGGAAGUCAUCCUGGGGCUCUCCUAUGGGACGCCCAUCGAUAUGUGGAGCUUAGGUUGCAUCCUAGCCGAACUAUACACCGGAUAUCCCCUGUUCCCGGGUGAGAAUGAGGUCGAACAGCUGGCGUGCAUCAUGGAAGUUCUCGGCGUUCCCCCAGAUGAUCUCAUCAAUACCGCCACCCGGAGGAGACUAUUUUUCGAUUCACGAGGAAUUCCACGAUGCAUAACCAAUUCGAAGGGACGCAAACGGAAGCCGGGAUCGAAAACCAUUUCCCAAGCCCUGAGGUGCAAUGAUACAGCGUUCAUCGAUUUCGUUAGCAAAUGUUUGGAGUGGGACCCGAAGAAACGAAUGACCCCGGAAGAGGCGGCAAGGCAUGAAUGGCUACAGCCAAGUGCUUCCUCCACCUACGUUUCGUCGAAAUCUUCCAAGGAGAAUAACAACGACAGCCACCAGUUGGGCUUCAUGCAGAAACUUCAACGAUCUCAGCCACUGACGCCGAACACAAUCCUGCCGGAGAUUAAGACCCCCUCGCAGAGGCAGCGCUACGUCAAGGAUCGGGUUAAAGAUCUCGAAACGGCACAACAGCAGCAGUACUCGCUGCACCGGUUGUACCACGCCCGCAAGACGACUCUAAACGGAAGCAGCAGCAUCAAUAGUAUCAACAGCGGCAGCAUCAACGCCGUCAACGGAAACAUCAGUGGCAGUAGCACCAACAUUAGCAGCAGCAGCGGCGGAAGUGGCGGAAGCAGCUCGCAUCUGAACAAUAACAAUAACAACAAUGGUGGCAGUCAUCAUCACCAUCACCACGUCACGGGAUCAUCUCAUCAUCACGGAGGCAGCAGUUCGAUCAUCAACCAGCUGGGCCAUUCCGGAAACAGUCACUCGACGAGCAAGUAUUCGUCAUCGUCUGGGCACCAUCAUCACCAUCAUCACAAUGGCGGGGGUGGAAGUUCCGGGACGACAGUCAACGGAAUGCCACACUCACAGAGUACCGGUGAUGUGUCGGCCAUCUUUGGCCGGGCAUGACACGAUACCCUGAGCAAAGCCAAAGACACCAACAAGAUCCUGCACAUGAUCUAGAGUUUGGUGUUUCCGUCGACGAUGACCCUGGAUCGGGUGGUCGGUGGAAGACGUGCCGGUGGAGGAGGUUGCAGCAGAUGGCACUGGAGAUCUUCGUCUCCGGUUCCGGAAGUUCCACCGACCGCCACCGGAAGAACUCCACCGACCCCGCCCAGAUCCAGCGAAGACGGACUAGACUAGAUGAUACCCCGAUAGACUAUGCAUAAAUAUGUGAACUGUAGAGUCUAUAGUACGGUAGUAAUAUUAUGGUAGCAGGUGUCGUAUUAUACACUCAAUAAGAAAACAAACACACGCGUAGGUGUCCUAAAACAGAACCAUGUCAGGGAGCAACGACGAGCAAGUGGCGGAUGAUGCGUAGUCUCUUCUUAGAUGAGAAUUACUAGAAAACUGUUAAGCUGUUAACUGUGACUGUAUGUAGAAAAAAAAAAAAGGUAGAAGGUACACAUUGUAGAUAUGUCUCAACUGAAACAAAUGUUAGCCUAAUAGUCUAGUGAAAGAUAAAAAACGAAAGAAAUAACGACUCAGAACAAAUAAUGGUAAUAAUCAGUAUCCUGAAAUCCUCAGAGAGUAAUCUUCCCCCACUGCCUCCCACUCCAAAGAGACCGUGUAGGUACUUGUUUUUUGUAUGCCCAUCAAACCCCGUAGCUAACCCGAGUAGAGUACGAGAGAUUUAAGUAUGAUUUUAAGGCCUAUCAUUCGAAUUGAUCUCCGAAAAAAAAUCGAAGGAAUCUGAACUUCCACACAAAGGGUUUUUAAAAGCUUCCUCAGUCGAACGCAAGUUGAGAGGAAUUUAAAUCGUCUUUCUAAGGAACUUAAAAUUACUUGGACAGUUAUUGGUAUCGAAGUUCAAGUUAAGAACUUGACACAUGAGAAAUAUAUCUCAACUACGUACCAUCCUAAACAGUAUUUAAUUGGUUACAACCGUUUCUUUUUAAAUCGUGCAAUACUUCUUUGCAUUUAAGAACUAUAGAGCAUCGAUUACGAAUAUGUUGUAUUUAAGGCUUAUAUCAUACAAUUCAAAUAAAAAUGUCUUUAAGCAUGAGAAAAAAACUCUCAACUACCAAUGAAAAAAACUCCAAAUUGGAAUUCAUAAUCCAGAUGUCUAAAUUAACCUAUGCAAAAAAAAAAUAUUGCGAUAAAUAUUCGGAAUUCUCAUUCAAAAGAAAGAAUAAUAACUCACUUUCAGUAGAUAGACUCAGUGUUAAAAAUCAGAUUCAGAAUUCUGAAUUUAAAAUUCAGAGCUCAGAAUCUAGAACCAAGAAUUUGAAAAUCAGAACACAAAACUCCGAAUUUAGAACUAAGAGUUCUGAUCUGUGUAUUCUGUACUCAAAUUAUAAACUCAGAAUUAUUCAGAACUCAGAAUUAUUCAGAACUCAGAAUUCAGAACACAAAUUUCAGCAUUCAGAAUUCAGAAUUCAUAUGAACUUUAGAAUUAACAACUCAAAUUCAGAACUCAAAAUUAUUCAGAACUCAAAUUUCCGAAUUCAGAAAUCUGAGCUCAGAACUCGGAAUUGAAAACUCAGAAGUCAGAAAUAAAUAAUCAGAACUCAGAAUUCGGAACACAGCAUUCAGAAUUCAGAAGUCAGGAAUCAGAAUUAAGGAUUCAGAACUCAGAAUUAAUAAUACAGAAUUCAGAAUUCAGAAUUCGAUACCAUGAAAUCAGAAUUCUGAACUCAAAAUUCAGAACUCAGAAUUAUGAACUCUGUAUUCAAAACUCAAAAUUCAGGAUUAAGAACUCAGAAUUCAGCUCUCAGAAUCCAGAACUCAGAAUUUAGAACAAAAUAUUCAGAACUAUGAAUUCGAAAAUCAGAGAUAAGAAUUCAAAUCGCAGUAUUCAGAAUUCUAAUACAGAAAUCAGAAUUUUUCAGAACUCAAAACUCAGAGCUGAAAUUAAAACUCAGAAUUCAGAACUCAGAACUCCGAAAUCAAAAUUCAGAACUCAUUAUUCAGAACUAUGAAUUCGGAACUCAAAAUAAGGAAUUCGGAAAUCAGAAUUCAGAACUCAAAUCUCAGUGUCCAGAACUGAUAUUCAGAACUAAGAAUUAUUCUGAACUUAUAAUUCUUAACUCAGAAUUUAGAACUCAGAAUCCAGAACUCAGAAUUAAGAACAGAAUAUGCAGAACUCAGAAUCCAGAACUAUGAAUUCGAAAUUCAGAACUCAGCAUAAAAAAAUCAGGAUUCAGAAUUCAAAUCUCGGUAUUCAGAAUUCUAAUUCAGUCAUCAAAUUUUUUUAAGAACUCAGAAUUCAGAACUCAGCAUUCAAAACGAAGAAUUCAGAACCCAGAACUCAGAACUCCGAAAUCAAAAUUCAGAACUGAUCAUUCAUAACAAGGAAUUCGGAACUCAAUCUCAAUCUGGAACUCAGAAUUCAGAUCUAAAAAUUCAGAACUCAGAAUUCGGAACACUGCAGCCAGAAAUCAGAAUUUAGAUUCAGAAUUCAGAUUCAGAAUUCAGAUUCAGAAUUCAGAUUCAGAAUUCAGAAUUCAGAAUUCAGAAUUCAGAUUCAGAAUUCAGAUUCAGAAUUCAGAUUCAGAAUUCAGAUUCAGAAUUCAGAUUCAGAAUUCAGAUUCAGAAUUCAGAUUCA